ACGCCUGUCAUUGUCUUUCGAUUACAAACAUAACCUUUCACGGUUUCGAUUGGUUUGUUUAUUAAAAGAUGAUUUUCAAUAAAAUCCUUUUUUCCAACGCUUCUGUGCUAUUUCUUAGAUUUCUGAUAAAAUGUUUCAUAGCUAGUGGAAACAAAGUGAAGAAGGGGCGAUUAGCGGAUGGUUCUCAAUAAAAGUUGGGAUCGGUUUGCAUUAAUAUCAGCACAUAUUCCAUUUCAUAACCUCACUCUUUUGAGCUCACCGAUUUUUUUUUUGUGAAGCGUAACAUGGCGAACAUUUUGCUGAGUUUUCAAAAUCCAUCAGAAUCGUGAACAACCGAAACACACAUUGUAAAAUGCUUGAGAAUAUUCUUGCUUUAGUGACGAAUGAUUUUCAAUAAAGUUUUUGGUUAGUUUGCAUCGAAGACUUGUGAAAUUAUAUUUAUACAAGAGUGAAAUGAAUGCAUUGUUAGUUUGUUUAUUAAAAGAUGAUUUCAUGAAAACAAAGUAAAAAAUUGAUUAGCGGAUGGUUUUCAAGAAAAAGUUGAGAUCGGUUUGCAUCCAUAUCAGCACAUAUUCCUUGAGAUAACCGCUUCUGUGCUCAGUAAUUUUUUUUGUAAAGGGUAACAUGGCAAAUAUGUUGUUGAGUUUUUGAAAUCCAUCAGAAUCGUGAACAACCGAAACACACAUUGAGAACACAUACUAUAAAUAUAAGAGAGCUCUUCGGUAUACUAUCACUCGAUCACGAUGGCUGGAAAGAAAAGGAAGCCUGCAGCAUCGGCUUCUAAGCCAAAGCCAGUAAAGAGGAAAAAUAUUUGUGAAAAUCAAACGAUAAAGAAAAGUGCAAAAAAGGCUUGAAACACAAUCGGCCAAUGAAAACAGAUGAAUUUCGUGAUUUGAUAAGCGAUUAUGUGCUUGAAAUGACACGAUGUUUCAUUUUGGGUGCACUCAGUGUUCAUUACUUGAUUUUCAAAUUUUUUCAAGUGCGUUGUGAUUGCAAUCGAUACGGUGAAAUCGAAGAUUACUUCAGUCAAUUUGUGGAUAAGAACUUCCUCGAUGAUUUUUUCCGAGGGACGCAAAAUUUUGAUAGCGACGAUGAAGAUGCCGUAAUGAACUGUGGAUACAAGGUGUCCAGAAUGAUUUAUCGUUUGUGUCGUAAAUAUUUCGUGAGAGCUCCAAAAAUUGAGAAAAUAUCAAAUAUAUUCAACUACGCAUCACAAAUGUACUACACAAAUUUCAAGAAUAACGUUUGCUAUCACGCAUAUUCUCGUCUUUGGAAGUUUUUUGAUCACCAAAAUGCGACCAAGCAACAGAUCAACGAUACCAUGCAAUAUCUAUUCAAAAAGAAAUCAGAGCGCGUACCAGAUCCGUAUCUAAUUGAAAUACUAAAAAAUUAAUUUCAUCCAAUUCGUUUCGGAGAUGGUCGAGCAUAUUUUUGUACGAUGACGACGGCAGACAAUUGGUUCAAAUACGUACCAAUAUUUCUACAUUUGCAACGGUACAUUUGUGAUCACCAACGAAAUAGAGAGGCGGCAUUGCGACGAGGCGAAAGAACAGAGCCCCGUGAUUAUAGAAAUUUCACCGUUUUUCCAGUUUCAACGUUUAAAAGACAUCACAUUCGCAUCGAUAACAAAGGUCUUUAUUUCAUGCUGAGAGAGAUCGGAUGCCCAAACCCACGUCUCAUUAGACGUGAUGGAACAACAAAGCAGUGUAAGGAAUUAAAAGCCGCUGAUUGGGACGUGCUUUGGCGAACGUAUUUUGACAUUGAUGCCAUCGAAAGAACAACGCAAAAUGACAAUUGUGCCACUAUAAAAUUCCGAAAUUCGAUUCAAACGGAUGGAGUGGCUAUGUCAUUCUGGAUGGAACGCACAAAAUUCGUCGUUGUAAAAGACGAAAAUGAAAUCAUGCGGGAGACUCAAGAAAAGUUAUUGAAAGCGCAACUAGUGUAUGGUCUCGAUCCAGGUCUUCAGCUGGUGAUUGGCGGUGUUUGUGUGACCAAUUACAAUGAUCCGAACAAGGAAAAUCGCCGCGAAAAACUCGUUCGAUUGACAUCGGGUCAAUAUAAUCACAUGAUCGGCUAUUGCAAGCGAAAUAAAUGGCGCAAAAAGUUGACUUUCAACAUCGACGAAAAAAUGCGUAUUCACCGAGAAUCUUUUGAUGAGCAACCAGGUCCACAUUCAGACAACAUUGAUAGAUAUGUCGAUCAUAUUUUACGGCAUUUUAAUGAGAAGUUUGAAGCAUACACGCAGUACGAAUAUGCACUUCAAGAUUUUCUACAGUACAUCGAUACGAAUAAGACACUCGACAAGUUGGCAGACUGGUUGAUCGAUGGCAAAGAAACAUUCGUAUUUGUGGGUGAAAAUUUCAUUGCUGCCGACUCAGAAGCAAAAGGUUAUAUUCGGUCGAAAGUACGCGAUUUAUUUGAGAAAAUGAAGCGACGGCGCAACUGUAUAGUGGUCAAAGUAGAUGAAUUUCGAACAACAAAGGUGUGCUCAUAUUGUUUCAAAGACUUGGAAUUUCCGAAGAUAGGUGAUCGUGUGAAGAUGAAGUAUCGAUACUCUACUUGCCGUGGAUGCGAACCAUUGCCAGUAGGAAAUAAACCACAUGGUCCCAUCGACUCACGAAAGAGUAAUCAUCUUUUGACGAAACAACGAAAACAUCGACCUCAUCCUGGACCACGUAUGGCAUCAAAAUUUCGACGCUACGAAGAAAAACGGACAAUUGGUCGUACUAUCACAUGGAAUCGUGAUACAAACGCCGGUCGCAAUAUACUCUACAAAGACAUAGGACGGUGUGCUGUAAUGAAUGAAGAACUACACCCCGUAUUUCAAAGACCUACAGCACCCAUUCAGAAUCAACAACCUAUACAAGGAACAUCGCGUUCUAUCCAAGAUCAAGUACGAAACUCUCGGCCGUAAGCCAUGGGUAUUGUGCGGGAUGUCAUCGUGGUCUUAUUAUAGCUACUUUUAGUAAGCAUUCAAAUUUAAUCCUAUAGUGCUAACAUUUAAUCCUUUUGGAUUAUUUUGAUGAAAAAUCCCAAAUGAUUAAUAUUUAAUCCCUUCUAUUUUACAGAGUAUUAAGUGUCAAAAUGUGAUUGAAAUAGAUAAUUUAGAUUGAUUAAGAAAAAUUUACCCUUUUAAGAAUGUUAUAUCCUUCGUGGAUGGGUUGUGGAAGUCCAGCCAAACUUUCAUGGUCACCGGUGAAUGAGUAACCAAUAAACUUAUUACGUGAAUCAUAUAGAAAUUGGUCAAUGUCCUUUUGACGAACCUUGGGAGCCCAUGGCAAUUUGAUAACUGAAAGAAAAAACUAAAAAGGUUAGAACUGUACGUCAAUGUAAGACUUAAAAAUUUACUUUGAUUCCAAGUGAGUGGCAUGGAUGUUGACGCUGCAUUUGCAUUUGUGGAUGCAAUUGUCCCAUUUGAGCUAACAGCACCUUCUUCACCUUCUGUAUUUGUUUCCAUAGAAGUGGAGAUAUCGCUACCUAAAGGGAGAAUCACAAAAGAAAAGAACACAAUUAAUUUAAAAUAAUCGACAAAUAAUCCAAAAAGAAUCAAUAAGAAUUAAUUAAUAAUAGAAAGGCAAUUUUUUAAGCUACCAUUUGUUGUCGGUCGAUAUUCAUCAUUGAUUUCUUCAUCGUUUUCCUGUUGCUCCAUUGUCAUUUGUUCCUGUUCAUCCAGCGAGCUUUGCUUGAUUAAACUUUGCUGUUUUGUUUUCGUUUAUGUUCAUACCCAUGUCCAGUCAAUAAAAGAUGUUAUAUAAGCAGCCAAAUAAAACAAUUUAAUUAAUAAUGUGACGACGAAUGUAUAAAUAAAAAAAGACAUCUAUGAAAAUGCACAAAGAUAACUAAUAUGAAUCGAACAUUCAAAGCCAUAUUCAAUUUGGAUACUUUCAUCUAAAGAAAAAUGAAACUAAUGAGACAAAAUCAAUGAAUGAAAUGAAUUGAUUUGAACAAAAAAGAAUGAUAUGAAAGUCACAAAAUAAAUUGAAAAUUCCAC